AAGCUACGUUGUUAGAAAAAAAGACAAUACCUCCCUGCUGUAGCACAAUACCGUUAUUUCAAGCAUAAGUUAUGGUAUAACAGUAACGUUCUAAAUUUACUUAGCAGAACGUUAAGUUACGUAUCCAACGUCUCUUAAGUGUAACGUUGACAGGUUCAUUGGAGUGUUUAAGUUAUAUUACAGCGGACAUUCAUUUAUUGGUUUUUAUUCCUUGUAGAUAUAAAACGCAACAAACUCAGCGUUAGUGUUUUAUUAGCUCAAAAUGACCGCAAUGUAUACAUAUCCUUGUACAAGUUGUGGGUCGUCGUGCGCUCCAACAUGACGGCGCAGGGACCCUGCGGAACGAAGCUGACCCGCAAGGCAGCAGGGACCGAGUGACGACGGCGUGCUAAUGAGUUAGCCGGUUAGCUACUGCUAUCUAGUGUGUGUGCGCGCGCAGUGGAUGUGAUUUAUAUAUGACAUAGAAUAGUACUCCAGAAUAUAUUGUAUUUUAUUUUUAGGGUUAGCCAUCCAGGUAAUUUAAGUAUGCCCAGCAAAAAGAAGAAAUACAACGCCAGAUUCCCUCCGGCAAGGAUUAAGAAGAUUAUGCAGACAGAUGAAGAAAUAGGCAAAGUGGCUGCAGCAGUACCUGUUAUUAUUUCGAGAGCCCUGGAGCUUUUUUUGGAAUCACUGCUUACUAAGGCCUGUCAUGUCACCCAGUCUAGGAAUGCAAAGACAAUGACAACAUCGCAUCUAAAGCAGUGUAUUGAGCUGGAGCAACAGUUUGAUUUCUUAAAAGACCUGGUGGCAACGGUGCCGGACAUGCAGGGCGAGGGGGAAGAGAACCACACUGAGGGGGGAGGAGAAAAAGUCCCACGCAGGGGUCGAAAACCAGGGUCUGGUCGCAAGAACGGAGGGGCUGGCACCAAAGGCAAGGACAAGAAGUUGUCCGGCACAGAGUCAGAGCAAGAGGAUGACUCAGAGGACAGCGAGACAGAUGGAGACGAGGAGGACGGCUCUCAGUCAAGCACAAAUCAGCAGGCUGCAUCCAGGUUCCACAGCUCGAACUCACCCCAGCAGUACAUGCACAUGAGCAGCAUGGUCCCAGCGGGUGGUGCCAUGGCUCCUGCCCAGCCCCAGGGCGGCAUGGCCUUUGCCCCACACCCUUCCAUGAUGAGCGUCGCACCACCUCCCCCACCCCCUGCGCCGCACAAAAACGAGGAUGACGACGACGACGAAGACUAUGACUCUUAGCUCCCUCCUCUCUCCUCCUCCACCACUCACCACACACACUCUUUACGCAUUAUUUUUCGAUUUGUUAAGUUGUUUUAGCGGCGGUCGCUCCAAGCAGAGGAGGGAAAGACUCUUCAUCGCAGCCCGCUGACAGAAAAGCCCUCGGCAGCCGGCUGUAAGGGACAGCACAACAGGAGACAGGAAACUGGUUGUAUAUUAUGUGUUUUAAUUUUCUUUUUUGUUGUUGUUGUUGUUUUUCUUUUAAAAGAAAAGGUUUUAUUUUAUUGUAGAGGAGAAUCCAACGAGGAUGUUUUUUAACAAGUCAGUCGUUCUAUUUUGACUAUUAAAAAUGGCAGUCGUCACUGUUGCCAUGCGCCCUCGCAGACAGGAUAGGUGUGGUUUGUGUUGCCUGGUAGCUUUUGUUUUUUUUUUUGGCACUUUUCUUUCUUCCUCAGUCCUCUGUCGUAGACAUUAUGAAGUGAACACAUCAGUCACUCAAACCCUCAGGUCGGCUGAAAAAAAUCUAAGUGGUAGUUAAAGUCUUAUUAUAGCCUUUGAUGCUCAUACAAAGUUGAGAUGAGUUCAGGGCAACAGUACAUAAAGUAUUUGGAAUGAGAUCAGCACUUGGUCGAAGGGAAAGGAGGUCAUCGACUCACCCAUGAAGUGUUAUAUUUCUAGGUUAUCAAUUGGCUAUGAAAUACCGCUAGUAAGAUGUGAGCCCUACUUCUCGGCUUUGUCACAACUUGCUAGUCAGUCCAAUUGUCAGGCUGUAACAUAAACAAGGAAGCAGGUGUAUUUUUACUCUAGGUUAACUUAGCCACAGCUUUUUUGAAUUAGUUUCUAUUUUUAAUUCACGUUUUUAUCAAGAGAACUGUAAACCUUCACAACCACAUCCCUGAGGUCAACCAUAUCAGCUGGUUAUCGAUUUACAUUUUGUUGUUGUUGAUUUUGACGCUGUCAGAGCCUAUGGCCGUUUGGACCUCCCAUAUAUUUCUUUACACGGCCAUUAAAUUCCCCUUAUUUGCCCGUCAGAUGUAUACUGUGACCCCUGGACCAUAACUUUGUUUUUAAAGUUGUUUGUCUCCUUUUUCCUUUCUAAUUUCUAUUUUGGCCAACCCUCCAAUUUUGAGUAACUUUCUCCUUUAUCUUCAACAUUUUCCCCUCUUUUAGCUUGUUUUAAAUGUAUCCAUUGAAAGCAGAGAUGGGGCUCCCAUUUAUGUGUCAGUCUCGGUAUGAAAUGUUCCCAAAAAGACAUUUGAAGUUGACACUGUAUUGUAAACUUUUAACAUUCUUUUUAUUUUGUAUGGGUGAAAUAAAGUUCAUAUUUCAAUUAAAAAAAAGAAACGCUUG